AUGCCUUACAACCUUCGUGGUCGCAAUGUGCUCGUCGUCGGCGGGGCGCGAGGCCUUGGAUCCCUUGUUGCAGAGAAGUUCGCCAUCGAGGGUAGUAACUUGGCAAUCAACUACCUCUCUAGCCGAGAGCAAGCCGAAGAGCUGGCCGAGAAAUUGGCCCGGAAGUACGGCGUAAAAGCAGUUACCAUCCAAGGGGAUGCUGGCAUUGCGCAAGACUGUGUACGGCUAGUGCAAGAUACGAUUCAGCGGCUGAAUGGCCUAGACGUUGUCAUCUCCAACGCUGGAUGGACGAAGUUCACUGAGUUUGGAGAUCUCGAGGCUAUGAAUGAAGAUGAAUGGGACCGGUGUUGGACCACGAAUGUCAAAAGCAAUCUCUUCUUGUUCAAAGAGGCCUCUCCAACUUUCAAUGCAAACCCUGACGGAGGUGUCUUCAUUGCAACCUCCUCCAUUGCGGGUAUCAUGCCGGGUGGAAGUAGCAUGGCUUAUUCCGUCACCAAGUCUGCCGGAUUACAUCUCCUACAGUGUCUCAAGGCCAGUCAAGGGCCAAAGGUCCGGAUAAAUGCCGUGCUGCCAGGUCUACUUCUGACCGACUGGGGCGCUCGAUUCUCCGAUGAGCAAAUCACGGCGUGGAAAGAGAGGUCUACCUUGAAACAUGAAGUCUUCCUCGACGAUUGCGCCGAUAUGUACAUUUCUCUUUCUAAGAAUACCUCGAUGACGGGCCAGCAGAUCGUGAUUGACUGUGGGUAUGUCUCUUCUUAA